AUGCCUCCACUCAUAUCCUAUCGAGCCUUGAUCGGCUUCGUUGCCGUUGCUGUGUCUGCCAUUGCUCUGUUUGGUGCAUCACCACUUGAAGCAUUCUCGUCAACAUUGCAAAAAGCAGGAGUUGAUUGGUACAAGACACAAAAGAACACGACUGUCUCAUCAGCUACUUCAGCUACAAGAACCCCCGUCUACUUUUUCAGUCACGGUGGCCCCGAUGUUCAAUAUAACACAAAGCACCCUGUGUAUCCAGUCCUUCAGCAGAUUGGUAAAGAGAUCACCCAGAAAGUCAAACCGAAGGCCGUAGUCGUCUUCUCGGCGCAUUGGAUGGGAGAAAAGGAUACUAUCCAUAUCAACAAUGAAGUCGAUACUGACCUGAUCUAUGAUUUCUAUGGCUUCCCCGAACACUUCUACGAGGCCAAGUACCCAAGCAAAGGAAGUCCUGAGCUUGCAAGCAAGAUCAUGGUGAUGCUUUCAGAGGCGGGGAUUCAAUCCUAUGGAAUGAAGCGAGGUCUUGACCACGGUGUAUUCUCUGGCUUUCACGUUGCUUUCAACCCAGAGACCAAUCCUCUCAAUGUCCCGCUGGUCCAGGUCUCUCUUUUCAAGAGCGAAGAUCCUCAUGCCCAUUAUGCGUUGGGCCGCGCCGUGUCUGCACUUCGAGACGAGGGAAUCGUCAUCAUCGGUGCUGGAAUGUCAGUCCACAACUUGCGUGACAUGCACCACAUGUUUGAGGGUAACACUGAGCCACUCCCAUACGUGGUGAGUUUCGACAACGCCCUCAAGGAGGCCGUUGAGGCCGACCCUGCCGUCCGAAAGGAAAAGAUGGCAGCAGUUUGCAAAAGAGGAGACGCAAAGCAAGCACACCCUUUCAUGGAUCAUCUCAUGCCCGUCUUCAUUGCUGUGGGCGCUGCUGGUGAGGAUAAGGGGAAGCAAACUUGGACAUUGCACGAGGGUAGCUUCGGCUGGUCGCAAUAUCGUUUCGGUGAUGUCCCUUCGUAG